CUCCCGGGUUGCGGCUGCUGCAACGGUGGCGGCGGCGGUGGCAGCAGCAGUGGGAGCAGUCUGGAGGCCGGCGUCGAGGAUUUGCUGCUGUCUCUGCUGCUCCAUCCUUCCCACAGAGGCCCUCUCCCCUCUCCCAUCUCAAGAUGGCAGCCAGCAGCUCUGAGGUCUCUAAGAUGAAAGGGAUAGAGGAGGGUCCCCAGACUCAGGGAGAAGGGCCUGGCCAUUCUGAAGCCGGAAUUGGCCCUCUCCAGGUCCCAGCUGGGGUCUCAGAUGAGCCAGAGGCCCUACAGCCAGGCCCAGACAUCACUGGGGCCCCUGUGGACUCAGAGCUCAAGGCUGGGCUGGUUCCAGAAACCACAGAGACGCCAACUGGGGCCCCAGAAACAGCCCAGGCCAGAGACCUCAGCUCAAGCCCAGGAGGGGAAUCAAAGGCCCACUCCAGCCUGGAAGAAGCAUGCCAAGAGCCAGCAUCCAAACCCGAAGUGAGCAAAGAGGCCACUGCAGACCAGGGGUCUGACCUGGAAUCUGCAGUCCCACUUGAGCCAGCCUCAGAGCCCACUCUCCAGCUGGACCCCCAGUCAGACCCUCAGCCAGACCCCCAGCCAGGUUCCCAGCCCACCCCCAAGCCAGCUCUUCAGCCAGAGCCCUCUACCCAGGAGGACCCCACUCCUGAGGUCCUAACUGUGGGGGAAAAGCAGGAGAAUGGGGCAGUGGUUCCCCUGCAGGCUGGCAAUGGUGAAGAGGGCCCAGCCGCCCAGCCUCACUCACCACUCUCAACAAAACCCCCCCCAGCCAAUGGGGCUCCCCCCCGCGUGCUGCAGCAGCUAGUUGAGGAGGAACGACUAGGAAAGGCUCACAGUGGUCAUCCAGGAUCUCCUCGAGGUAGCCUGAGCCGCCACCCCAGCUCCCAGCUGGCAGGGUCUGGGGUGGAGGGGGGUGAAGGCACUCAGAAACCUCGGGACUACAUCAUCCUCGCCAUCCUGUCCUGCUUCUGCCCCAUGUGGCCUGUCAACAUCGUGGCCUUCGCUUAUGCCGUCAUGUCCCGGAACAGCCUGCAGCAGGGGGACGUGGAUGGGGCCCAGCGCCUGGGCCGCGUGGCCAAGCUCUUAAGCAUCGUGGCACUGGUAGGGGGGGUCCUCAUCAUCAUCGCCUCCUGCGUCAUCAACUUAGGCGGUGAGUGGGGGUCUGGGACAGGCUGGGAGGAAUGGCAGGGUUGGUAAGGGCAGCUCUACUAACCCCUGCCCCUGCUCUCUCCUGUCUGUUCUCCCUACUUCUCCUUUGUCUCUCCUUGUCUCUCCCUCCCCUCCAUUGUUUCUGCCUUUCCCUCCCUUUCCUCUCCCACAGUGUAUAAGUGAGGGGCUCUGCCCUGCAUUCCAAGACUUUUCCUCCUGUUGGGAGCUGCCUUGGGCCCAUCCUCCCCUGGGGGGAGCCCAGUCGAUGGCCCAGACCCGCACCCAUAGGGACCAAGGGAGCCUGAGCGGCCUUGUUUACAGCUUCCUUCCUGCUCCUGCAUCCUGCCAGGCUCCUCUGCCAACCGUAGGCUUCCCUUCUCCCUGCACUGUUUCCAACCUUCUUGCACUUCUGCCUGCAUCCCCUCCAGCCUCUCGGUCUCCCUAUCCCUGCACUUCAGGAAACCUCCCUGCACUUCUGGAAACCUCCCUGAACAUCUCCCAGACUCUUUGCUCUCAGCCUCCCUGCAUCUCUCCCAUCCUUCCUGCACUUCUCCCAACCUCCCAAAUCCCCUGCACCUCAACCCUGGUCUCCCCUCCCAACUUUCAUUGUCUUGGCAUCUUCCCCCAUUCCUUUCUUCCUUCAUCAUCUCCCCUUCCCUCUCCACACCCUCCGCCCCCUUCCUCUUCCUGCCUCCUCAUCCCGCCUCAGCAUCCUUUCCUCCCCUCAGGAUCCUCUCCUCCACCCUCCUGCCACAAAGACUCCAGCACUUAGAUCAGGCUGGGGGAGGGGAGCGGUGCCGGGAAAGGGCUCCCUAGCCCCAGGCUCCGACUGUUCUCUGCUCGGACCACCCAGGCCCAGACGCCGCCAGGUGCGGGUCCCAGAGCUGGCAAGCCAGGCCUCAGUUUGGGGACUCGUGCAGGGGUGGCGAGCACUGUUCCGACCACGCACCUGGGAGAAGGGAGAGGCGCGGCUGUUGACCCUCCCAGGGCAGCCUGAGUUGACCUGUCUGACCUAGGCUUUUUAACCCAGUUAGCGAGUUCCUUAAAGGCGUUGGGGCUAGGGUUAUUCACGUGCUUUGUAACGAAAGAACUCCAAAAAUAGGACCAAAGCUCCCAGCUGCAGGGAGCGAGGGAGGGGCGGGGAGCUCUAUAAUUAUUUUCUGAGAGGACAAGGGAGGUUUGUUGCACGCGACAGCCCACUGAGGAGGCAGGGACCCAGCGACGACGCGGUUCGGAGUUGGCGGGUUUUUUGUUUUCUAAAAAAAGUAUGGGAAAAAAACCUAAAAGUCUAAAAAAAAGGAUACAUCAAACUGAUUCUCCCUUUUUGUAUGCCGGAUGCUGCAUGAGUCUGAAACACUAAUAAACGGAGACUGCAUGAGA